UCGGCACAUACGAAUAGUAGACUUGACGAAAGAGGGUCGUAGUAUUUACCGUAUUUAAAGUAGGGAAUUGUCAUUUGUUCGUGAUUUUGUGAUUGCUUGUCAAAGAUACCUUGGAAAGAAGUCCCACGCGUCUACAUGAAUUUGUCCUGCACCUCCAAACAGGCUGAAAAAUCAACUCAAUCAAGUUAUCGUACUGGUUAGUGUUGAGUCUGUUGAGGCAAGUCUGAGACUAUAAAAGUCAUAAAAUCCUGAGAAAGUGUAGACUACAGUCUUAUAGAAAUUUCACAGUUUUAUGAAAAUUACCAGACCCUUAGGUCUACUCUGCGAACAGAGCUACUUUUCUCACCUGCCGAGAAGCAUACGAGAGAAAAGUAGCUCUGUUCGCAGAGUAUAAAAGGGCCUAAAGUCCAAAAUGAGACAGGUAGCCCAGAUAGAUAGAUAUAUUCUAAGGAUUCUGCGAUAUUUAGUAUAUUGACGCAUCCUGACAUUUUGUUUUUACAGCCGUUCGUGUGUCAUUUCAAACCAGACAUGUGUGAAUGAUUUAUUCUAGUCGUACGUCUGGUAAUUUCUCCCUAAUUUUAUACCAGUAGCCAUUGCAGGUUCCUUUGCAGAUGAAAAAGAAGAACGAAUCAACAACGAAGAAUGCUAAAUUGUUAGGCAACUCAUUUAUCAAGUUAUGACAGAUAUUUGACGUGAAAAAUUAGUAUGAUAUAUUGUGUUUUGUUGAAGACUACUAAUCAAGCUAGGCGCCGAUAAGCCGGUUCUGUUUUUCAUCUGCAACUUUCUUCAUUUUGACUGUUAAAAAAUACAGGUAGUGUAUAGUGGCAUGGAAUCCUGUUUCCCAAAACUCUCACUUCUCUUAAAAUCCAAAUAAAAAAUAAUACAAAAAUUGUUUUCAGAGAGAUGAAUAAAAAACCCAGUAAUUCGUCAGUUUCAAUAUAUAUACGACACGAAAUUUAGUCAAGGAAAAGCGCUGUUCUGGAGAAGCUUAAGGCUGAUUUCGAAAAAAUACAAUGUUUAUUGAUUAAAUUCAGCGGUUAACUAUGUAAGCAUAGUGUCAGUUGGGAUGCUAAUGAGCUUUCGGGAUUUUGUGUUUUGGUCACCACUUGUUUAGUAAAUUUAUACCAAUUUUUUUAAUGGGGUUUUUAGCUAUGAUGUGAUUUUGACAAGUAAAUCCUUCUCGAUAUUGGUUUGUUUCAACGUUCUUUAAAAACACUGACUGUGGGCUGCUUUUUUAUCAAGCAAAGAAAUCUCUAAUCGGAAAUAGUGAGUGAUAAAACAAUAACUUUAGCAAUCAAGUAUUUCGCAGGGGAUGUCACCUCACAGACACAAAAAUGAUGACAUCACGUGGUUCCGUUUAAUUUCAUUGAAAAACAGAGUCGCAAAAAACAGCCUGUUGUUCCUUCUUAAUUUAUUCGUAUAUCUCAAAAUCAGAAAUAGAGGCGAGUCACUUGAUUAGCUUUAUGGAUUUACUGCAUUUUUCUUUUAAAACCAUAAGUUUCAUAGAUUGGAGUGUUUCGUGUCAGCCUGAGGAAAACUUGUAUGACGUCAGAAGAAUGAAAAAGAGACAAUCUAUCAAGCAUGAGUUACCAGCUGUUGCCAGUUCGCCCUCGAUUGAUUCUAUAAUAAACUGUUUGCUGUAUGUAGGCUUUUCUCCAAUGACAUGGUAACAAAUGAACACUAUGCAUGAGAUUACAGCAUUUGUUGUUUUCAAUGAAUUGAUGUAAAAAUUGUUUCAGCCAAUAGCACUUGUAUAGGGAAACAUCUGCAAUACAAGUGGCUUUUUGUGUCAAGAAAGAACAAAUAAACGAGACCGGAUAGGGACUAAAAUAUCACCAUAUCGAUGCCUUUAUCAACUGAGUAAGCCGGUUAGAACUGAGGUCUCUAUACACAGUCAUCCAAACAAACCAAGCAUCAAACGAAUGAAUGCAAUGGCACACGUUAAAUUACUCGUGUCCUAACCACUACCAAGAGAUACGAACCAACGAUUAGAUUAAAGAGACGGCGCUGACUUAAAUUGGAGAACGAUUAGACUUCAAUGGGGUUUUUCCUCAAUGGUCUAAAAUUCAUCUAUAGAGAAUCUCAGAGGGGUGUACAACCAGCUUACAAAUUGUACAUGGUUGAUGAGCCAACGCGAUAACACCAUCAUACAGCAAUUUAGCGUCAGAACUCGAAAGAGAAAUCGUCGUAACCAGUCAUGACAAAUAAUACGACAUUAAAUGUAGAUCCUAAUACAUCCAAUGACUGGGAUUAUCUCAGGACUAUCCAAGUAGUGUUUCUGACGUUGUUUCUAGUUACAGGAAUUCCUGGUAACUCGGUGAUUUGCUUGCUAGUUUAUCGUAGCCCUCGCCUUCGUACUGUUACCAUGGUUACCAAUAUGAUCGUGGGGAAUUUAGCUGUCGCUGAUUUAGCUGUGUGUCUAUUGAGAAUUCCCGUUUCGCUGGCGACUAUAGUGAAAAACCGUUGGAUAGGAAAUCAAAACCUUUGUAGUGCCGUUGGUUUUGUCAAUUCACUUCUACUGUUCGAGGUUUUGUAUUCACUUGCCUUGGUUAGUGUCAGCAGAUACUGCUGUGUCGUGUCACCAUCUAAAUUCUCCGCCAUUUUUACCAGAAAGAGAACAUAUGGGAUUAUUGCUGGUACGUGGAUUGUGUCUACAUUCUGGGCUGCUCCACCGCUAUUUGGCUGGGGUUUCUUUCAUUUUGAUUUCGGCAAAGCGACUUGUGUGAUUGCCGUCAAACAGAGCAUAUCAUACACUAUAGUGCUGACUUUACUGCAAUUCACUAUACCUUUUCUUCUAAUCACAGUUCCUUACUUUAAGAUAUUUCGGUUUCUACGCACUCACAAUCGCCGCCUUAGCGCCAAUAGCAUCACAUCGAGCUUUAGACGACAAAGCAGAACUUCUCUGUUCCAUGAUUUCAAAAUGACUAAACUACUACUGAUAGUGGUAUGUUUCUUUGUUGCAUGCUGGGCACCAUACACUAUUGUCAAUCUCAUUGCAGGGUUUGGCAUAAUUCCUUAUAUACCACUAGCAUUAGAUUGUACUUGUAACCUUCUAACGUUUCUCUCGAGCUCUUUUAAUCCAUUUAUAUAUGGUUCUCUAAAUAAUCAAUUCCGCAAAGGAUUUCGCGAUAUUCUGUGCGCGUCUUGUAGGAAAUACCAGCGAGCUAAACAAGACGCUUUAUUUGGCGUACGUACGAAAUCAAGUCUGUCGACAGUAAGAGGAAGAAGUCAUUUUGAAAAGCGAAAUGAAAGACAUGCAAAAAGACAUUCAAGGAAAACCACCAACUAUUUCCACACUGGAAAGAAUGUGCUUUACGAAACGAGUGUUUAAACUUAGAUUAGAUGUAACGCACGGAGCGGGCAUAAAUUCAUCUAAAUUCAUAGUUCUCAUAAGUAAUGAAACACAAUAAAAAGGAUGCAUUUAAA